CUUUUCCCUCGUGUCCCGUCAAAUAAAGUGACUGUUUGGGGGAACCAAGCAAAUUUGUGCCUCUUUUUUUAGGUUUUGUGUUUUAUGCAGAAGAAGAGAAACGGCGAACAUGGAUGGUCCUCUUGAUUUCGAAGACGAAGAUGCACUCUUCAGCCCCCCUGUUGUUCCUAAGAAAAGGAAAAAGAUCAUUGGAUUGGAUGAUCUCUUAACUGACUUCUACAGAGAGAAAAGUAAGUGUCUCGAAAGAGAAUCUAAAAGGGAAAAGGCCCCCCAAAAAGACAAUUCAGACGAUGAUGAAGAUGACAAAGAAGCUUUGGUGUGCAAAGCUGUUGAUGAAUGCCAAAAGCAGAUGACAGAACUAAUCGGUGAGGAAGAGAUCUCCAUGUGGGGCAUCCGGCUUUUCGGAGAUCAGAAAACUCCACCACCCCUCAUUUUCCCCGAGCUUAGAAGUUCCUUGCUUUUACAGUCUUUCAUGGAGAAUGAGCUUAGUACUUUGGUUGAACUCCCCAUCGAAACAGGUGAAGUUUUCCUAGAAAGUUUGUUGUUAAAUGGCUGGCUCUCAAAAUUGAUUAUUUCAUGUGGUCAUCUAGAAAAAUCAAUAGCCUCAUGGACCUUUAAUAUGAUUUUAUAUUCAUCAAGAGAAGAGUUAAGGGCAUCUGCCUGCGACUUGUGGCACCUUGUUCUUUCGUCUAAAGCAGAGGUUGCUUCAGUGCCCAUUAAGAUUGAUUGGUUUCCGGGCUACUCUGAACUUAGAAGAGCUCUUGAAACCUAUGGAUUUCUAUUCAGUUUCUCAUCCACAACCGAAUCAGUUGAUACGAAUUCUGCCUGUCAAAAGCCAUCUCAAAAUAUCAAAGCCUGGGUUGAAAUUUCUGCUGCUUGCUGCCAAGCGAGGAGUAAGAAACCUAUAUUUUCGACGUCUGAAGCCGAAGAGUUGGUUCAAUUCAUUAUUUGUCUAUUUUUAGACCGCCAACUUAUGGGACUGCAGUUGCUUUUCUAUGAAUGCACACAAUCAGUUAUCAAUUACUUCACAGACGAGGAAUGGACUAUCAGCUCUAAGAGAAUAGCAAAAUCUCUUGCUUUCAGAGUCCCCAUGGACUUGAACUGCUUGCGAGCUGUGGAAUGCAUUUCUGGAGUUGGCCCUCGUAGUAAGGGCCUCAGGAGUGCAGUGGCCUAUGAAGUUCUUUGUAAUUGUUUGAAUUGUAAGGCUGCAAAUGAAGAAGAGAUUCUGAGUUUGCUCAUCUCAAUUAAUGUGAAAGACAGAAGCUGUGAUCUUUUCAAGAUGUACAUUUACCUUGUUUUGACUGAGAAUUGGCUCAUGUCCACUACGCUGUUGGAAGAGAAGCCGGUGCUUUAUGAAAUGUGGAGUGUAUAUUUGCGAAAUUGUUCUUGUCAAAUCACAAGCACAGAUAUGAGAUCUUAUGCGCCAAAGGUUCGUAAUAAAGCUUCAUAUCUUCUACAAGGCACUAUCAAGUAAUAUCCGUCAUAGAUCGCAAGAAAGCAUUUGUUUGCCAGUCAGGGAGCUUGAAGAAUGUGAAAGACUGCCUGGUUGCUUGGUGCUCAAGUUUUGCUUGUAAUCAUAUGCAUCUCUACGAAAAAUAUGUCGCCUAUGGACUUAAAUUCUGGGAUCUGUUAUUGCUAUCCGUUGCUUUGAUGCUGAUCUAAUUGCCAACUGAACUAGCUUCCCACUCUCCUGUAAAGACUGACCUUACAUGGCAGUGACGCAAUUUAGAAAGAAAAUGAAAAGAUGGGGUUUAGUAUCACAUUUGGUUAUAGAAAGAUAGCCAAUGUUUCAAUUUGUACAUCAAAGGUCAAAAUGUGCCAAAUAAGUCAUUCGGGUUAUCUUUCGGAGACCAAAUGUGAUAUUAAUCCUGAAAAGAUGCAACCAGACUAUUUCAUAUGCAAUAUUGCGCAUGAUAUUGAAUAAUAACCAUUGUUCUAGUCUA